UAAUAGAUGUAUCCAAAUUUGCCCAUUUUCCCAAUCCGCAUUUCUUCUACAGUUAGCAGUAAGAAUAGAAGAAGAAGGGAAUUGGUCUCUUUUCCCAUCUUUUUUGAGCUCAAAAUCUUGAGACCCUUUUCACUAUUUUUUCCUUCUUCUCCUAUUCUAGGCCUUCUCCAUUGUCAGAAAAGGGGAAGAGGGGUUAUUAAUAUUUCAUAAAUUCAUUAGAGAAAUAAUAAUUGUAGAAAGAAUUCGCAAUAAUAAGGAAUAAUGUCGAAGAAGAAAGCUACUAUGACUCUCAAGGACUUCCAUGGCGGUUCCAUCCCUUCCGAUCUUCCUUUACCUUCUGCACCCGGCGUAAUGGUGAGGCCAUCUGAGCGUGGCUCCUUUGACCGGCAGGCAGCAUGGGGGAACCCAUUGGGACGGCCAGACCACCGGUUGCGUCCAGGGUCAGCUGGGACAGCUAGGAACUUUGAUGACAAGACUACUUUUUUAAGUCAUAAUAGUAAUAUAGGUAGGCACUUUGAUGAGGAUGAGCGGAAACCAUUGGAUGGGGUAUCAGGUCCUCGUCGAACUGUCAGUGAUGAGAGCCUCAGAGCUCUCCCAAGUCAUGUGGUGGAACCUAAGACUGAUUAUUCAGCCUCUGGGAGGGUCCCUAGUCGACCAUCCUCAACUCCUGGGUUGCAGUAUGCAAGUGGUAUAACUAGUAGUUCUUAUGCUGGGAGGUUUAGUGAGACCAAUCAUGCAGGAGUGGGUUCUCAAGGGUUUGGACCAAGUGGUGGAGUUGGAGUGAAUUUUCAGAAUGUUAGUGGGUCUGGUGGGCAGAUGGUUUCUGGGCCGCAUCCAAAUGCAUGGGGACUUAGGAAAGAAGCAGCUGGUGUAAAAGAACCAGCUGCUGCUACAUGGUCUGCUCCAGAUGCUGCAGCAAAGUUAGCUCAUGCUAGUGCACUGGAGAAGGUUUCAUCUGGUAGGUGGCAUUCCAAGCAACAUAAUAGUUCUCAGCCAGAUGUUGAAGUCAUUAGGCAGUCAGAAGUUGAGAGUGAAUUUCAUUUGAGGGAUAAGGAUGUGUAUAGCAAGAAUACAUAUAGCUCUAGGCAUUUGGUAGGUGGGACGGACUAUCAUGAGGCAGCGUUGGCAAGGCAGGUGGAAAAGAGUUUGAUUGUUGAUGAUGGAAUUCGUGGUGGCAGCAAAGCAAUACCAAUCUAUGAGAGGGCUAGAGCUCCUGUCACCUUGGAGGCAAAUGAAAGGAAUCCUUUAAUGAAUGCUAAUGAUUUUCAACCGCUUCAUCAUGUAGGAAAAUCUGGUGGUGCUGAGUCACAAUCAGCUGUGCAUUCUGAAUUAUCAGAAAGGCAAAAGCUGAAGUUACUUCCAAGAUCCAAACCACUAGAAACUCAGGAACUGCCACUGGAGUAUAAGCCGCAGCCAACCGUUCCUGUACAUGUGGAAAUUAACAAUCGAUCACAUGAAAUGCAAAUUCCCCUGAAAGCUGGGCUUGUGGGAUCUGAGAGUGGGAAUCCUAUUGUAGAGCGCCCAAAAUUAAAUCUGAAGCCCCGAUCUGAGCCUCUUGAUCCAGCAGAAGAUGGCACUGAAAGCAAGAGGAACACAUUGUUUGGGGGUGCUCGCCCAAGAGAGCUGGUUCUAAAGGAGCGGGGCAUUGAUAAUGUUGCUGUCCAUGAUGAUGACCUGGCUCUGUCUCCUCAGAGGGUCAAACAAGAUGUGCUCAAAACUGAUAGAGUCUCAGUGCAUGCUGCUUCUACUCGGUACAAUGAUAAGCCAGGAAGUAUACCCAUUGAACAUCGGACAGGGAAGAAUUCUGAUGGGCGAGAUCACCGAUUAGAGGUUGAAAGAACAGAUGUUCAGAAGAGGAAUUGGCGAGGUGAGAACUGGAGGAACAAAAGGGAAUUUGAGAAGCAACACCCGCCGCACCAACAUCUGCAACCACAGCAACAGGAGAGGCCACCUUCACCAGAGACUUGGCGCAAGCCUGUUGAGCAUCCAAAAGCAGCUUCUGCUGAUGCUCCAGGGCUGCGUUAUGGAAAAGCAGCUUCAGCAGUUGAGCUUGCCCAGGCCUUCUCUAGGUCAAUCUCUGACUCCCCAACUCCUGAUCGUUUUUCAGGGCAGAAAGGCCCUCCUAGCCAGGGGCAAAUGCCAUUUUCUCGGCUGACGGGUCCUACACCGAGACCUCAAAUAAAUGGCUACUGAGCUUUUAGGACAUACUGGAUGUGACUUUUGAGAAAGGAUGCAUUUUUACUGGUAAUUGUGAUUCAAUAGGGAGGAUUGUCAGAAACUGGAAGCUGCACGAGCAGUUCGCAGGUUGGAAUUGAGGCUUCAAAUAUCCAUGCGGGAUGAUGUCAAGAAUAGAUCAGCCUACAAAUUCUGAGAUCCUGUGUGACUCCGCCGCCCAUUUAUUCACCAUGGACAGCGGAAAAAAGGUUUGGAACACCAGAAAGGAUAAGAAAUAAAAAAAAAAAAAAAGAAAUUCAGUUGUGAAACUAUUGCCUUUUAACGUUGGCGGUAGAAAACUGAUGUCACCGCUAGACAAAUUGUCUUAGCGGUGGGAGUUUUUUAUGUUAUACUUUGAUACGUUGGAUUUUUGGUUCAUGCUGCUUCAUUUUGUAUUGAGAUUGCUCGUACAAUAUAUGAAGCAAAUGUUUCCUUGGAUAAGUUCCUGCUUGUUUCCAUUCAGUGUCUUGUAUGUGAUAUGAUACCUGGGUAAAAUGAUUUCGCUUGUCUGCCA